AUGUCAAACGAAAGAAAAUUGUGUCUUAUUAAGGAUCUCAAACCGUUCCGAGAUGAAUGGCGUCUCACUCUGAAACUGCUUCAUUCCUGGAAACAAACCACCAGCUAUGGAGGAGAUACUCUUGAGUGCGUCCUGGUUGACCAAACUGGUGCUAAAAUCCAAGCAUCAUGCAAGAGAUCUCAAAUAACUCGUGUUCAACGUUACCUACGUGUUGGUGAAUGGAAGGUCAUUGACACCGUGAAAAUAACUGGGGUAGGAGUGGGUCAAUAUCGACCUACGACGCAGCAGUACAAGAUGACAAUCAUAGGAGACACAUCAAUAACCCCUUCUGAUUAUCGGAAUGAUAAUCACUUCCUUAAUCUGGCUAACUACGAGGAGAUUGGUAAUGGAAAGCUGAAACCCCAUUUUCUAAUUGAUAUCAUGGGACAGGUUACUGAUCUUGGACCAGUAGCUAUGGUCCAAGCUAAGGGAAAUGACACAAAAAGAGUUCAUUUCCGUUUGCGUGAUACAAGUGGUCAUGAAGUGGCAUGUUGCUUAUGGGGAAAAUAUGCUGAGCAAUUUGAAUCGGUGGAAGAAGCUAAUGAUGAAAGUAUUAUAUGCUUGAUAAGGUUUGCAAAAAUCAGCGAAUACAGAGGAGAAAAACAAAUAACCAAUGCAUUUGAUGCUUCACUUGUGUUUCUCAAUCCAACAAUGGAGGAAGCUAUCGAUUUUAAACAGAAGAUGUUGAAUGAUCCUCUUCCCCUAGCUAUUUUGGAUCAAAGUAAUGAAAAGAAGAUAAUCACAAGGGUUGCUCACGAUUGGAAUGAGGUAGACGUGAGAUGUAUUUCUGAGAUUUUACAGAGUUUUGAGCUUCUUGCAAUUGAUCAUAUCAAUGAGAACUCAUCAGAAGAUGUUUCCACCCCAAGUAACAAGCGUAAGGAAGAUGAGUGUGAUCAAAUGGACAUGACAUCUACAUCUAAGAAGUUAUGCACUAAUAUCAUAAAGGUGGAGAAGACAAAGACUGAUUAG